AUGCUAAGACUAGAUGUUAAAUUGAGAAAAACGAGGCCUAACACAUUUGAUAACUCAUUCCCCUCCUCCCUUUCUUUUUCUUCGUCGGUACAUCUCAUAUCCAUUAUCCACCUUCACCAUCCACACCGACCGACUACAAUAAAUCUUCGGUUUCAAACAGAGAAGAGCACCACCUCAGAUAUAGGAUCGGGUGAACAAAACAGGUUACAUGAUUCAAAUUUGGGAACCGAAGGUGGAAGAUGCAAAUUGGGAAACAGAUGCGAUGAUGAAGAAGUGGAUGGGAGGGAGAUAAGGGUCAUUUGUCAACUGAGAACUUUGGUGACAGUUUGUAACUUAGAAUGUGAUCGUUAAUCAUAUGAUGAAGUUGAGUGACUAUGUUAAGAUUGCAAAUGGAAGUAUUCUUGUGCUACUUAUGCUAAUUUGGAUAUCAGUUGCGGCGGAUCUGAUUGUGUUAUUGACACCAUUCCCGAAAGCUAAGAUGAAAUAGUGUUGAUGCUUGCACUGAAAACGUGUAGUAUCCAGGCUAGUAAGGCACAGAUUUUAUCAGGCAAAAGUUAAGAUUUAAUAGAGGAGAAAAACUUUUCCGGCAGAGAAAACGGUGAAGACGAUGGAGAUGAGAAAUAAAUAAAUAAAUAAAUGAAAUAAAAGGUUGACGCAAAAAUGUUGGGGCAUCAUUUAUUUAUUGAUUUCUUUAAUAAAAGAGAAAUUAAUAUGCAUCCGUUUACAAAUAUUCAUAUCCAUUAAAAAAUUAUGAUAGUGUCA